AUGGGCGACCCACUUUCACUUGCCGGAACUGCAGUCGGCAUUGUCUCGCUGGGCUUGUCCGUUUGCCAAGGCAUUUUCUCAUAUUGCAGUUGCUUCCGUGACUGUCCAAAAGAAACAAAGAAUAUGCUGCAGAAGCUUGAAGGCCUAAAGAAUGUUCUUGAAGUUCUUGAAGAUGUCUUUCGAAGUCAUGAGAAUCUGCGAACAGAAACUCCCGCUGUGAAGGCUGCUAAGCGCCAUAUUCUAGCCUGUGAAAAUGGCCUGUUGCAAUUGAAAGAUAUCCUGGACAAGUACAAGGCAACACCAAUUGAUUUGAAGCGAGACUUGAUCAACAGGGCGGCAUACCCUUUCAAGCGCGAUACGAUCAGAGCGAUUCUGGAGCAUCUUGAGAGCCUGCAGUCAAACCUGGACACCUCCAUCGCUGUUCUACAGUUGCAAGUUUGA